AUGUCGUUGAAUGGGUUAGACGAUCCAAAGAUCCAGGAGGCACACGAGGCCGCUGUCGCUGAACCCGGAGGAUGGUUCCUCCUCAAGUACGCGAGUCGCGAUGAAGUCGAAAUAUUAAACCGUGGCUCAGGCGGCGUGGUUGAAGUGCGCAACAACGUUGCUAAGUACGAAGACACGAGCCCUCUAUACGGUUUCUUGCGAUAUCGAAGGAGAAAUGUCCUGAUUAAGUAUCUGCCAGAGGACUGCUCCCGUCUUAUUCAAGCAAGAGUAGCUGUUCACUUCAACGCCGUUUGCGACCGAUUCUCUCCCUACGACACCAUAUUUGAAAUUACCGAAGCCAAGGAAUUGAAGGAUACCAAAUUAUCGGCUGCUUGUUCCCUGCAUGCUGCUUCGGGAUCUAAUUCAUCAUCGUCAAGCUCGCUACGUAGGAGACGAUUGAUGGAGAUUGCGGAGGAGGAAGAAGAGGAACAACACCAUCGCGCCAUCAAACGCCAAUCGGUUGCUGGGGAAGACGAAGACGGUGAUGUGAGGCCCAAGACAGCCAAAACAAGCCAUGACACUGUCUUGUCUGCCGAGCCUGUGACAUUAAACUCAGAGUUGGCUGGAUCUCCAGAGCACAGCAAAUUUACUGACGCUUCAACAUCCGAGGUUCCCAACUUUGUAGGCGCUGAAGACAGACCCGACUCGCCUUCUCAGUCGGAUGCUCCUCUGCGUUUGUCAUCGCAAUCAGGCCGACCUGAUUUGUUUCCCUAUUCAUCUUACAAUUACGGCAAACCGAAAGUGAAGCUUGGACCGCGCCCAUCGCUUGAAACGAAUGGCGGUAGACCUCGCACUGCUGGAUCAUAUCGACCUGUUUCACAAAUGCCUUCCGGCUUUAAGUUAUUUGGCAAAGGCUCAAAGAAGGAGAAGAGCAGAGAAGAGGCAGCCACUGAGGAUGUCCCUGCUGAGGACAAAGACGCAAUGCCUGCACAAGACGGAUUGAAGAUUGUGCACACAGAACUCACCCGCCCGGCUACAAGCUCUGGGGUUUCUAUUCCUGGUUCCCCUGUUUUGCCCAUGCCUCCACCUGCCAAACCCACGAUAUCACCAGAGAAGGCAAGACUAAUGAAAGCUAUGAAGCUUCGAGAGAAAAGGAAGAAAAACUUGGCCGAUGAAUCAGCAGGUGCGCCAUCGCCUCCUCUUGAAUCUCCUGGACCUAGCGAAGGAGGAUCCUCAACCGAUCGAGCAGAGGACAACGAGGAUCAACACGAAACUGAAUCGGAUCAACCAUCCAUGUCAAAUGCUGACUCAGGUAUUGGCCUUGAUGGGUCCUCCGCCUCCAUGAACAACGAUCAAACGUCCGAGCUCACCCAUACCGACUCUCACCCGGACAGCCCCAUUAUUGCUUCUUCUGAACCGGAGAUUUCCACCAAGGCCUCCUCACUCUCUGAAUCUACAGAUGAAACUCUUCACCCCAAGAACGAGGACGUGCAAGAUCGAGACCAAGUCAACAAGGCCGACGAUGAUAUGGCCCCUGGAAAUAGCCUAGACGAACAGCCCGUUGCUGUAGAGACGACUACACCUGUAGCUGAGACUCUUGACGAAGGGAAGGUCCAGAACCCAGUCGCCGAGCCCGAGUCUCACAAUGAGACCACCGUUUCUACCCAAAAAUCGAAUGUCUCCACCAACAAUACCGAUCCCACAGUGGAUAAGAUUCCAGACGCUUCAGAGACGCCCGAGGUUUCGGCCAACAUCAGCAAAGCCGACGAGCCGCUAUCCCCUACAACUGCUGCGCUGAAGAUCCCCAAGUCUAAAUUCUCGACUCAGGAUCUUCGAUCAGCAGCGGCCCCAGCUCCGGUGCCAGCGUCUAGCUCGCCUAAACGGAGUACUCGUGAGAACAGCCCUAUCAUCGUGACUGAGGAGGCUCAGGAUGAGAAGAAGGACGAGGAACAUUCCGAUGUUAAGCAGGAAAAGCGCAAAACUAGCAUUGAACCCAUCAAGACGGACUUCUCAGAAGAUAAAGGUCACCUAUCUGAUGACGAGGAGGAUUAUAUGGAGGAGUUGCACAGCGCGACUCUUCAUGAGGCGAAACCAAUGACUGUCGCGAAGAGUCCCGUCACUCCAGUAUUCCCUAGCCCUACGAAGGGUGAUCGAGCUUCUACUUUUGGCAGAACUGUCUCGAAUCCCGUCCAGAGCAAGCUCCUUGCCCCUGGCGAUGUUCUUGCCCCUAAUGAUGUUACUUCAAGCUCAGCGCGUUCUGUCAGCUCUGGGGCUGCUUAUUUGCACAAAGUUGCUCAGCAGCCAAGUGGUUUGAGCCGGAAAUCCACCGUGGGAUCAAGCAUUUCUCAACGUAUCAAGGCGCUUGAGAAACUGUCAGCCACCACCGGCGAAACUCUCAGCCCUGCUGUCACUCCCGCAAGCCGUGAGAGACCAUCUUCAGCUUUCUUUUCCGUGCGGAGAAGUCGAGAGCCCACUCGAUCUCCAUCUGUGGCAGCUCGGACCAGCUCUUUCAAUCGCCAAAACCUACGAACACCACCCUCUCGAUCUGGUUCUCGUGACGAGUCUCCCGAUGUUGCCAGGCGGACUCACAGAGAGCGCUCCAACUCGGUAGCUAGCCGCCUAUCCAUGUUUGAAGCGAAUCCUCCAGAGAAUGGUGACUCGCCUGGUUCGGAAUCGAUCUCGGUCACUGCUAGAAUAGUCCGGGAUCCAAGCCAGAAUGCAGCAAAGUCGUUCGAGCCUGCUAAAGACCUAUCUGAAUUUAACCCAGUGGAACUCAAAGAAUCUCCCCUCCUGGUCGAUCACCAGAAGGCAUCACCAGUAUGGACACCUGCAGCUUUUGAGCCUGUCAAAGAGACCAUCAUUGAGCGCCGCAUGUCCAAGGAAGGUCGUAGAUCAGAAUCAAACAACCAAGACAAGGAAGACCACUCUCGGCGUUCUUCUCUCAGCGUUGUCAAAGACUUUAUCAACGAUCGCCGUAAGUCUCUCACGUCACCCUCGUCAGAUGCAGUCUCUGCCAAGGGCUCACGAUCCCCAACCCGACCACCUUCAACACAUCAAGCCCCACGGUUAUCAAUCAGCAGCCGUCGAUCAUCCAUCAGCCGUGACCGAGAGAACGUUCUCUCGCCUUCGGCUACCAUCGACAGUUCCGCAUCCAGCGAUGAAGCCAAGUCAAAUAACGAAAAGAAGAAGUCGCGUACAGGUCGAUUCAUGCGUCGUCUCUCAUCUCUUUCCAGCUCUCGCGGCAAGACUACGCCCCCCACUGUCCUCUCGCCAACAGUGCAUGAGGAGAUGGCCGAGCCUGUCCGCCCCGCAACCACAGGCCCUCCCUCUAUUGUCUCAUACAUGGGAGAUGUCAAUGUGCAGUUCCCUGACAAUCUUCUCUGGAAGCGACGCAACAUGUGUUUGGAUUCCCAGGGUUUCCUCCUCUUGAGUGCUCUCCCGGCACAGAGCAGCCGUACUGCUCAGGGUACUAAGCGUUACCAUAUGAGUGACUUCCGAGCCCCAUACGUCCCUGAUGUUGAGGUCCAAGAGCUGCCCAACAGCGUCGUUCUGGACCUUGUCGACGGCAGCAGUGUGCAGCUCGCAUGCAUGGACCGUGCCGGGCAGAUGGGUAUCCUCAAUACUCUCCAAGCAGCCCAUGCCAACCAUACCACCCCCUUCGUGCUGUGA